GGGAAGUGAUAAGUGAUGAGCAUGGCAUUGACCCAGCCGGAGGCUAUGUCGGUGACUCAGCGCUGCAGCUGGAAAGGAUCAAUGUCUACUAUAAUGAAUCGUCGUCCCAGAAAUACGUACCAAGAGCAGUCUUAGUGGACUUGGAGCCGGGAACCAUGGAUAGUGUGCGAUCUGGUCCUUUUGGUCAACUCUUUCGGCCUGACAAUUUCAUCUUUGGACAAACUGGUGCAGGAAACAACUGGGCUAAAGGACACUACACAGAAGGGGCAGAGUUGGUUGACUCUGUACUUGAUGUAGUAAGAAAAGAGUGUGAACACUGCGAUUGCUUGCAAGGAUUUCAGCUCACUCAUUCCCUGGGAGGAGGGACAGGGUCUGGCAUGGGAACCCUACUCAUCAGCAAGAUACGAGAGGAAUAUCCGGACAGGAUAAUGAAUACCUUUAGUGUCAUGCCCUCUCCAAAGGUUUCUGAUACAGUGGUGGAGCCUUAUAACGCUACACUCUCGGUCCACCAACUGGUUGAAAAUACAGAUGAAACCUACUGCAUCGACAAUGAAGCUUUGUAUGACAUUUGCUUCCGCACCCUGAAGCUCACCACUCCAACAUAUGGUGAUUUAAACCACUUGGUUUCUGCUACCAUGAGUGGGGUAACUACAUCCCUGCGUUUUCCAGGCCAACUAAAUGCUGACCUCCGGAAGCUGGCAGUAAAUAUGGUCCCUUUCCCACGCCUUCACUUUUUCAUGCCAGGCUUCGCUCCUUUGACAGCCCGAGGCAGCCAACAAUACCGAGCGCUCACUGUUCCAGAGCUCACCCAGCAGAUGUUUGAUGCCAAAAAUAUGAUGGCAGCCUGUGACCCAAGGCAUGGGCGAUAUUUGACAGUAGCUACUGUCUUCCGUGGUCCCAUGUCCAUGAAGGAGGUUGAUGAGCAGAUGUUGGCCAUCCAGAACAAGAACAGCAGUUACUUUGUGGAGUGGAUCCCAAACAAUGUCAAGGUGGCAGUGUGUGACAUACCUCCUCGUGGCCUCAAGAUGGCUUCCACGUUCAUUGGCAACAGUACUGCCAUUCAAGAGCUCUUCAAAAGGAUCUCAGAGCAGUUUUCAGCCAUGUUCAGGAGAAAGGCCUUUCUCCACUGGUUCACCGGAGAAGGAAUGGAUGAAAUGGAAUUUACAGAAGCAGAAAGCAACAUGAAUGAUCUGGUUUCAGAGUAUCAGCAAUACCAAGAAGCAACAGCAAAUGAUGGAGAGGAAGCAUUUGAAGAUGAUGAAGAAGAAAUCAAUGAAUAAAGAAAUUAGGUGCACUCUUUUCCAGGCCAAAUUCUCAAAUCUGGAUUUCUAAUAAUUAGGCUUAUAAAUCUGUAUUCAGGCUUAAAAAAUAAGAAAAAAAGGGGCAUGAGUUUCAGAUAUUAGAGGUACUCUUCAGAGUCCAUUGAGGUCACUGAGAACUGAGGACAUUCAGAAUUUCUGAAAAUCACACCAUUUCUGUUCAUGAGACUAACGUAAGGCAUUUAGCUAAGACUUUGGCUUGAGAGUCUGAACACAGAGAUUGCUAGUUUGGGAUCUUUUUUUUUUUUUUUUUUCCAAACAAAGUUUGUUGUCCCUAAAGUUGUACAAGAGAAGACGUAAAAAAGGCAUGAAAAUCUACAAAAUAGAGCUGCACUAUUUUCAUCCAAUUAUGCGUAAAAGAAUCUUGUGGGUUUAAAGUAUUCAUUCUGUACUGAAUGUACAAUAUUGAACUGCCAGGAACAAAAUUUAUUCAUAAUAAAAAGAAGAAAAAGUUUUUAGUUAUUCUGUACAAUAACUGUUAACAGUGAUAUUUGACUCCGAUCCUCUAAAAACAAAAUAAAAAAGAUUAGUAGCCUCUCAA